AUGCAGAUACAAAACGCAUCGACUGCCGGCUACGGUUACGAGGUUCAACUUUCAAGUAACAUAACUUGGACAUACCCCUUCCUUCCUGGAGAACCACCCAACGUCAUUCGAUACAAUUUUGCAGCAUGUGUACCUUCCAACGUCACUCUCGCUGAUCUAUGUUGUUCAGCUGUCAAUGGACAAUUUGUCAAUCAAAGCCUCAGCAAUUCUCGUACAGUGAACGAAAGCGAAUUAAGAUCAAUUCUCGAUACCAAAUAUCCAGGUCAAAAUGUGUCUACUUUCAGUUCGGUCAUUACUGGUAACUUGACCAAUGCAACUGAUGCCGGAUCAACUGGAGAGAUUAAUUGGUGUUCAUUACCGUAUAGUCCGAUGUCUACGAAGCCACUUCAUGGUGUUGGAUUGGCAUCGGGGAAUAACCUUGGCAAUAUUCCGGAAAGCAUCAAUAGCUGGAUCAAGUGUUUCAACGACAAUGUCCCACCAAACGCUAUCAACGAUACUCAGGCAGCUUACGUGUGUGCUGCCGACGACGUACAAACUGGUGGUACAAUCGAGGGUUUUAAUAGAUACGUAGCCAAGAAGACAGGCGAUGCAAGAAACAUGGCUCAGGUAAGUGUAUGGAGUUUGGUCGGAUUCAUCUUUGUAAUGGCGAUAUGGUCGAAUUAA